GGGCAACAGGAGCUGGUCCCUCUCACCCAGGUUACAGGAGGUGACUCCCGGCCGGGACGCCCCCUCCACUCACGCUGCGGACCCCGCUGGUGUCGCCCUUUUAAAUGAGCAGCUCCCAAUCUACCAGUCUCAGACGCCAUUUCCUGGGAGAUGUGAAUGGUGAGAGUGAGGGGUGCCCAGAGACGCACAGAGCCAAAAGAUGUUGAGUUUUUUCCGGCGCACGCUUGGGCGCCGGUCCAUGCGCCGGCAUGCAGAGAAGGAAUGUCUCCGUGAGGCCCAAAAGGCCACUACCCAUAUCCCAGCGGCUGGAGAUGCUAAGGCAGUGAUCACCUGUAGAGUGUCCCUCUUGGACGGAAGCGAUGUCAGUGUGGAUCUACCGAAAAAAGCCAAAGGCCAGGAACUGUUUGAUCAGAUCAUGUAUCAUCUAGACCUGAUCGAGAAGGAUUAUUUUGGGUUACAAUUUAUGGAUUCCGCUCAAGUGCCUCACUGGCUUGAUCAUACAAAGAGUAUCAAAAAACAAGUGAAGAUUGGUCCACCGUACUGUCUCCAUCUACGCGUGAAAUUCUACUCCUCCGAACCCAACAAUCUGCGUGAAGAGCUCACUCGGUACCUAUUUGUGCUGCAGCUGAAACAAGAUAUCCUCAGUGGAAAGUUGGAAUGUCCAUUUGAUACCUGUGUGCAGUUGGCAGCAUACACCCUGCAAGGGGAGCUGGGAGAUUUUGACCCUUUGGAGCAUACUCCAGAUCUGGUAUCAGAAUUUCGCUUUGUGUCGACUCAGACUGAGGAUCUGGAGCUGGCGGUGUUUGAGAAGUGGAAGGAAUUCAGGGGGCAGACUCCUUCAGAGGCUGAGACCAAUUAUCUCAACAAAGCAAAGUGGCUGGAGAUGUAUGGUGUGGACAUGCAUAUUGUAAAGGCUCGAGAUGGAAAUGACUAUCAACUCGGACUGACUCCUACAGGUGUCCUGGUAUUUGAAGGUGAAACAAAAAUUGGACUGUUCUUCUGGCCAAAAAUAACUCGUCUAGAUUUCAAGAAGACUAAACUGACACUGGUUGUGGUUGAAGAUGAUGAGCAGGGCAAGGAGCAGGAACACACGUUUGUUUUUAAGAUGGACCAUCCAAAAGCCUGUAAACACCUGUGGAAGUGUGCUGUGGAGCACCACACCUUCUUCCGUCUCCGUGGCCCUGUCCACAAGAGCUCCAGUCGCUCUGGAUUUAUACGCCUUGGUUCUCGUUUCAGAUACAGUGGGAAGACCGAAUACCAGACCACAAAGUCCAGCAAGCCCCGACGUUCAACAUCCUUCGAGCGCAGACCUAGCAAACGCUAUUCCAGGAGAACCAUGUUAAUGAGAGCACAGGCAGCAAGACCUGAGAACAGUGCUUCCCCACGAAAUCCUGCCAUUCAGAGCAAUGGAUCACAGCAAGUGUGGACAGGAAAGUCUCCUGUGCCCAUAGUGACCUCCUUACCUACAGAACCAGUACUGGUUGAGAUAGAAAACCUUCCAAGAAGUCCGGGUGCCAGUCACACGGAAAAGAAAUGCUUUGUUGGGUUAUUUGAUAGCCAGGAGUUGUUGGAGAGCAAAUUAAAUGAUGAUUUGGCUCUGCCGGUCUUCACAAGUCCUGUGCAAGAAUUGGAUGCUGGAGGUCUGGCCUUCUACAACCCCUGCUUAGAGGAGAUUCCCUUGGAGCACUCGGAUAUCGCACCAGCCAUCGAAGAUGUGACUGUGAAAAUGAACAAUCUGGAAUCCAGUAAUGUGACCGUUCCUCUGGAGGAGUCUGUAAAGCUGAUAGAGAAGUGUCUGAAUAACAUGAUUGACCCUCCAGUGUCUGCUCCGCUCUGGCUGCCAACUGAUAUAAAGAGCAACAUACUGAAAGCUCAAGUGGAAGCAAACCAGAAGAGUCCAAAAGCAGAUCUGCCGAUUAAUGAUCAGAGUUUGGUUGUUGAAGACACAUCUACCAGAAAUUUUGAAAAUCAAGAAGUGAAAGAAUCUAAACGAGAAAGUACAGCAACCCCAUCCGCUGCCCCCACUGCAGAAAAGGCACCAGGAAUAAAGACUGCAACUGAAGAUCUGGACAGGCUUUUGGAAUCACUGACUGAGAACCUUAUUGACCUCACAGACACCCCGCCACCGAUCACCACCUCCACAACCACCACCCCCCGGUGGCUGAUACCAAGUGGCGUUGUAUCAAAUGGACAUCUUGGAGGAGAGACUAGCCUGCCGGCUAAAGUCCAAAAUAAUGUGAUAAAUCUGACACCCACUAGUGUCAAGACUGCACCAUCCCAUCCUGCAGCCAGCACAAGCACUGUGCUCCCGAAAGAACUUCCCAGACCCAGAUGUUUGCUGACAACAGAGCUUUGAAUGACAGCAGGGAUCUUUCUGACCAGUUUGACAAACUGGGAAAUGAUAGACUUGUGUUAUCAGUAGAAGGAGCUGCAGAACUGCUGACAAAUAAGUUCAGGCUCCUUUUUAAAGCUGGAUUUUAUUUUUAUAUGAUGCACUGGAAUUUUUCUACUGCUACCCCUCCCUCGGCCAGCAUUACUGUGUUUCCGGAUACUUAUGCAGUGUACAAUAGCAUUCCACUGUAACCUGUACUGGGAACGUGUGUGGUUACAUAGACUUUGCCUUAACUGGAACUUUACACUGAACCUGUGGUCAAAGGUGUUUCUGUUGAUGAUCAUUAAUGUUUGCUGCUCUAAGACUGAGGUUAUAGAGUUGUUAUCUUGAUCAUGGCAAAGGAAUUUACUCAUCUUGGAUUUUCAUGGCAAUGUGUGUGGAGAUUUACACCUGCACCCUGUGUAAGACUUACCCCCAAUGUCAUAAAGUAGUCAUAGUGUACGAUUUGGGGAUUUACUGUGUCUCAUACCAACACCAGCUACUGCAUUACUUUUAGGGGCAACAUUACGAGUAGCAGGAAUCUGGGUUAAGUCUGCUGUAUUGUGCUCUCAGAACCGACACACUGUGGGUACUCUGUUGUGUGAUAAACUGGAGUACUUUCUUUGGAUGGGAUAGUCCAGUGUCAUGUGGGGAAACCCAGUUUUGUUUGACAACAGCCUCUGCAGUUUUGUUUUUUCUGUUUAUAAAGAAUCUUUGUUUUGUAUUAUAGGUUGGCUUUAAAUGUGAAUUUGUUUUUACAUUUCUUGCAGGUUUUCAGUAGGUUUGAGAGGUUGUUCCUAUAUAGUUCCUGCAGGAGAUCUGUCUAAUGCACAUUUUUACUAUGUUAUUUUAAGAUCUCAUAGGACAGUCUUGUAGUAGCCCGGUAGGUAAGUAGCAUCACACAAGUUAUGGAAUUGAUCGGUACUUAUAUUGUUUGGAUAACCUCCUAGACCAGAGGUUCCCAAACUGUGUGCCGUGGCUCCCUGGGGUGCCUCGGGACACUUGCAGGGGUGCCCUGGGUUGGUGGUCCAGGACCAAUUCAAAUUAUUCAUGGUCAAUAUAAUAGGCAAAACCAGUGCAGGGGGCUGGCAGUCAUAAAAUAUGUGGCCAAACAGAAGCAAAUCUUGUCCCUCACCACACAACUGACCCUAAGGAUGACAUAUAAACGCGAUCUACUUAAUGUAAUAUUUCUUUCGAAAUUUCUCAAUAAGAAAUUUUUGGCCUAGGGGUGCCGUGAAAAAAAAUCUGAUAUUCUAGGGCGCUGUGAUUCAAAAAAGUUUGGAAACCGCUGUCCUACACUUACAGUAUGUAACACUUCCAUAUACGAGAAAUAAGACUAAAGCUAAUUUUGUUCACACUGGAACUAAGUAGAUUAAAAAAAACUAUUUUUUGUUAUUUUAUACAUCACAAGAUACUUAGGAAAAUAUAUACUCAAAGGUAAACUGUAGCGAUAUUAGAUAUGACUGGCGUUCAGUGACCAUUUAAAGACAGGAGAACUAAUAAUUUCCACUAGAGGUGUAUUCUUUAUAAUACACACAUUUUUUCAUGAACUCGGAAGUUAUGACAGCAGAUCUUCUAGUCAAAAAAUUAUGGAAUAAUGUACUCGGCAUUGUAACCGAUAUGGAUGUUAGAAGUCACUGAAGGGUUCGAAGACUCAAUAAAAUGCCGUAGACUGAGAGCUUUUAUACUGGCUGCAGAAAUCCAAGGUGUAACUAAUGUCAUCUGUAACUUACAGUAGGGAGGUACACUUGUAACACACGAACAAUGUAAUGAUGACUUGUAGGACUUAUUUUAUUCAGAUAAUAAUGUUUAUACAUAUAUUCAUGCAUAUUAUUAAUGAAAAGGAUACAUACUGACCUUAGCUGUACAGGCGUUGGAUGGGACUUUGUGUAAGAAAUGAGGAAAAUGCUGCAUCAUAACGGUAACUAGUCAUGGGGUAAAUGUUUGAAGCACUGAUAAGUGGAGAAGCUGCCCAUGGCAACUAAUCAGCAUUGAAGUAACAUUUAUAAUUUGCAUACUAUAAAAUUAUACAGAAGCUGAUUGGUUGCCAUGGGCAACUUCUCCACUGGCUCACUUCUCCACUCUUAUCACUGCUUCAAACAUUUACCCCAUAUUGUGGUAAUGUACAGUAUAUUCGGCUAAUCCUCUGGCUGUUGCAGUCUGUAAAACCCUGUAAUGGAGGCAUUCCAGGAAUACACAGUUUAUAAACAAUUGUUAGCUAUGUAUACAUUUUCCUCUAGAACAAAGGAAAGUUGACAAAUUGUGUAAUUUGUAUAAUGUCGUUUUACACUUGAUAUGACGUUGCCUACAUUGUGUUUGUGCUAGUAAGCAGAGCACAGCAACAUUUAUUAUUACAGAUACAGUAAUUACUGAACUUUGCUUACUCUUCAUAAACCUCUGUUACUGCUUAAUGUCCUUUCAUGAGGGGAUUAAAACUCCAGCACUUUAACUCACUGUAACAUUGUAGCAUAUGACACACUGGAUAACACAACAUUUCUGAGUGAUACUUUCUCUUUAAAUUUAGUUGUCUUUUAUAGCCUCCUAUUACUGUCUUUAUUGGAGUCUGCACAAAAUAUUCUGAAAUAUCCAUUUAUUUUUAUUGGUUUCUAUUUUUAAACACUAACUGGUAUUUUUACUCUUUUGAUAUGUAAAACUUUUGCUGUAGAUCAAAGUAACUUAUUUUUUAUCAAGAUUGUUCUUUGUCACUAUUGCUUUUUUUCACUACACUUCUAGUCCAUUAGCAACCUCUUUUUAGCAUCCGUUUCAUAGUGGACACCCGAAUCUGUAAUUAACACAACUCAUCUGUGAAAUAUUGUUCUGCUCUUUUCCAUAUAAAGAUACCUAAAGUCUCA